AUGAGCGCCGAGAGAGACAUCCUCGUCAGCGAUGACGUGCGCGUCAUUAUCGAGAUCGUCAACUACGUGGUCAUCUGCGGCGGCGUCUCCAUCUUCGGGACGGUGGCCAACUCCAUCAACAUCAUCAUCUUCUUCCGGCAGGGCCUGAAGACGACCAUGAACAUCAGUUUCUUCGGACUGGCCAUCUCGGAUCUCUGCGGCCUGUUCCUUCUCUUCUGGUUCACGAUCUUCCUGAACCCGUGGGUCGAAAACUCACAGCUCCCGCUGAUAACCCGAGAAUUUCAGUAUCUGGUCGUCGGCUGGCCGUACGAGUGUUUCUCCAGGAUAUCAAAUCUCAUAACGGCCUUCGUGGCGGCCGAGCGGUGUCUAAGCAUCACGUACCCCUUGAAGGUGAAACGCAUCAUAACGAGGAGACGCGCCACCGCGGUCGUCUGCUGCAUCUACGGGAUAAUGUUCCUGUCGCUCCUGCCCGAGUACGCCACGUCCUACAUCGACUGGAAGUUCUACGCUCCGAAAAACGACUCCCGGCUCGGCCUCGUCUUCACGAAGAACAGAAAAAGCAUGGAGGGCCUCGUGUUCAUCCUGAACGCUUUCCUCGGGGCACUGUCGUACCUGCUGGUCGUCAUGUUCACCGCCGUCCUGAUGUGGAAGCUGAAGCACAACUCCGCCUGGCGGAACAAGACCGCCUUGUACAGCGGGGAGCAGAGCCUGGCCCUGAAGCGCGACCGGAAGGCCAUGAGCAUGGUCCUGAUGAUCGCCAGCGUCCUCGUCGUGCUGUCCUCUCCGAGCGUCAUGUGCCUGUCCGUCACGUUCAUCGUCAGCGACUUCAGCAUCCUCGGGUUUUACACCAACAUUUUCUUCACCUGCUGGUCAUUCGCCUUCACGGCCAGCUCGGUGAAGUCCAGUAUCGACAUUUUCCUGUAUUAUAAGAUGAGCUCCAAGUAUAGAAAAACUUUCUUGGAAUUGUUUUCCAAA